AUGAAUAGCGAGGAACAUUAUUAUGCACCAGCUCAAAUGUAUAAAGAAUCGUGUGCUUAUCAGAGACAACCAGCCCAGGAAUAUAAUCAAAGUCCGCCAGCAUGUCUUUACGUGGGCAGACAGCCACAGACACCUUACGCCAACCCUGCCUUGUCGGGGCUUGACCAAGGGAGUCCUCCUGAUAUUUCUCCUUUCGAAGUGCCUGCCAUAUCAGAGGAUCCCGGAGUCUCCCACCUGCACCACCCACAGCACCCUCACACUCCCCAGGGAGCUUGCUUUGGAAACAGCUCCGAAAUCGGAGCCUUAGACGAACGCAGCAGAACUCACCUGCCCUUUCCUUGGAUGAAAUCUACCAAAUCCCAUGCACACGUUUGGAAAGGACAAUGGCCAGGGGGUUCCUUUAUGGUGGAACAGGAAGAAAACAAGCGCACACGUACCGCCUACACCAGGGCUCAGCUGCUGGAGUUGGAAAAGGAAUUUCUCUUCAACAAGUACAUCUCCAGGCCCCGAAGGGUGGAACUGGCCGUCAUGUUGAACCUAACAGAGAGGCACAUAAAGAUCUGGUUCCAGAACAGGCGAAUGAAGUGGAAAAAGGAAGAGGACAAGAAGAGAGGGAGGAACGGCGCUCCUGAGCAGGACUCUGUCGUCUCGUCGGGCGACCUCAAGGAAGACGUUUGCACCCUCAAUAACCGCAUUGGAAGAGACCUCCUCCCUGUCAGUGUCUCCUCCUCACAACCCGCCAGCAUUCCCGGCUCUUCCCUAAGGAACCAGUCCACAGCAGCGAGAGACUCCAUGACAAAUUCCUAA